AACACUACAACAAUUUUCAUACCUCAUAUUCUCUUCCAUGGCAACCACCAAGCACCUCCUCCUCUUCCUCCUCAUCAUCGCUAUCAUCACCAUUACAUCUUCCACUUCACUUCCAUUUCUCACGACGGAGCAAAACCAAAUCGCAACCAAAAUCAUAGACGCAAUGGUCUCAAGUGGCUCUUUCGAAGAUUGGAGCGGAGCGUUCCUCAACAACAACGACGAAUUAAACGGUCCAGUCCUAACUUCAACUCUCUUCCUCCCCAAAACAUCCGUGGAAGGAAUCAACGCCACGUCACCACUAGUUGCUUCUUACCAUAUUGUUCCACAAUGGCUUGACUUCUCCGUCAUAAGUCUCAUGAUGCCUUUCUCUCGCAUCCCUACACUCCUCUCUGGACACUCUAUAGUCGUUACCAACAAUUCAGCUUCUGGUUUUACUCUUGAUGGUGUUCUCAUCUCUGAGCCAGAUUUAUUCGUCUCUCCUACUAUAGUUAUCCAUCGAAUGGCUUUUCCAUUUAACUUCUCUCGUUACGGUGGUGGCGAUAUAUAGUUAUUUACUUUUGAUUCGCUUCUCCACUUUGUUUCUUUCUACUUUUACUAAUACACUUUCAAAUAAUUAACAACGAACUUGACACCGAAACUAGGG